AUGCAAUCAAAAGCCAAAAUUUUAUUAGCCAAAAAGAGGAAACUCUUACAAACAAAGAAGAGAAAGCAAGAGCUUUCUGAUAAUAAGAAGCAGAACAUCUCUGCUUCUCAACAAGACAAUGAAUGGGAGUGGGAAGCCGAAGAAGAGGCUUCUCCUGCUAAGAUCAUCUUCAAGAUCGAAGGAAAAGAUGUCAGCGAACUUAACAAACCGAAGGAGAAAGGAAAAAAGAAGAAGGAACAAGUGGCAUGGAAAACAGAUCCAUCCUUUCUUAAAGCAGAUAAAAACUCUACCAAACCAAAACAUGUCUCAAUCACAGCUCCUCCUUCAAAGACUGGGAAGACUGCAUUUGAUAUAAAAUUUGGGAGAGCAAAACCGAGAUUCGGCAAUAGACGUCCAUUCAACAACUUUGAACAGUCUAAAAACAACCAAUCAGGGUUCUCCAAAGCCAAAAUUGGUCGUAAAAAUGCCACAAAACUAGGUGAUCAAUCCUCCUCUACAAAGAAGAGCCACAAAUAUGGGUGAAAUCAGAAGAACUCUCAUAACGAGGCCUGCUAUACCAAAAGAAAGCCUGAAAAGUACGGCAGACACAAGCACAACCAUGCUGGGCAAAGGGAUUAUCCUAAGAAAUGUCAUGCUCCUUUCCCAUACAAAAAGAGGGAUGAUUUCUUUGGAAAUUUCAGACAGAACAACAAGCACAUCAAGGCCAAAGACCCUUCUACAAGUUCUCAAGCCACUCACAAGUUCUUCCCAAGAGGCCCUGCUAGCAAGAUGGGCAUGGUUAAGGAUCACCAUGAAUUCCAGAGCCAGAGAAGCAUCCCGGAAGAUGUCAAUACCGAAGCUUCUGAAACAUCCGUUCAUGAGAAGUUCAAUUCCCAUGAAAAUUGGAGUAAUUUCACCAGAAAAGGGCCUAAAUUCACCGAGAAAGGGCAGAAGCACCAGCCUUGGAUGAAAAGAGUGAAACCUUUGGGCAAGAAUAAGCGAGAAGGAGGAUAAGAGACG